UUUCUUUCAUUCUCACAUUUCAACUUGUCUUCUCUCACUAAAAACGAGAAAAUGGAAAGUUCCCAGGAUGCUCGCUCAGAGAGAGAAGAAAAUCUACAUUCGAUAAUUUCCAAGAUUGCUGAUGGUGCACAUGGCAUUCAUGAAUCGGGACUGGAUGAAGGUGACUUUCUGAUUGUGCCAGGUGAACACAGAAGUUUUAAAAGAAAACUUGAACAGAAUGAAGAAAGCAGAAAAAUUACAAAGGGUGACCUUGAUUCAGGGGUCAAAUUCAUCACUGAUGAGAUCAAGCCAGAUAUUGAUGCUAUGGCUGUGCAGAUCUUUUCUGAGCUUCCAGAGGAGAAUCCUUUCAGGCUUCCAGAUACAGGACCAGUACAAGAUCUUAUUCAUCCUCAAACAGAGCCUGUUUAUCAGCAGUUAACCCUCAAUGAUCCAAGCAGUGAAGUAACACAAGCAUUGGAAGACCCAUUAAAUGAUGUUCAAGUAGCUUCUAAUGGUGGUAGUCCUGUGCCAAUGCCACAGAUAGCUCUUGGUUUGAUGCCAACACCCAAUGUAGCACCUCCUCAGGAAGUGACCAGUGAACAGAUCCACUCGCAGUUUCAAAAGAAACUUGAAGAACUUGAGCAGCAGGUCAAGGUCCUUCAAAACCGAAAUCUCGCCUUGGAGGAAUCUUACAAGAAAUUGUCUGACCUUGUGGAAGCCCAAAACCAUCUACUUGCGAGUGGGGGACCAUUCAUCCAAAGGUUGGCACCGGCUACUCAGGAAACCUCCAACGAUACCACUACAAAGACAGAGACUCCACAAACACCUCCAAUACCCAACGUUCCCUUCGUAAGCGGAAAGACUUUAUUCUCCAACUCACAACAGCCUCACAGGAGUGGUCUGCGUAGCUAUGAGCUUCCAAGAAGGGUGUCUGCUAAGGAAGUACUCAACCUUUGGGAGCAUGGCUGUGAAGAGUUUCCACCCCUGAAAGACUGGACUCCCACACAGAAACUAAAGCAACAGAGCAAAAUUUCUCGGUGGAAGAAGCUCGUGGAUAUUUUCAAGCUUCAUUAUCAUGGCGACAUGAAGAAAUUCGAAGAGAGUUUCUCGGACAACAAAGGUGAAAUUCUGCCGGUGACAACCAUCCUGUCGUUGUACGAAACUCAGCAGACUCCGGCUUUUCUUGGUAAAAACAAUUCCGACCUCGAGGGAGUAGCUGCUUUUGGCAAAGAGAGAGUUGACACUCAAGAUGUGGAUGAGGAUUUCAAGAACGAGAUACGGAUAUCUCUGGAUUCUGAAUUGGAAGAUUCCGAAGGUACUGAUGUCAACAGAGAACCCACGAAAGUAGAAGGUGUGGACAGCAGCUUAGCACAACCAUCAGCUGAAGUUCGUUACUUUCUCCCGAGGAAGGUAACGCCAAAUGAUAUUGUUCGCCUCUGGGAGGAGGGCAGCGAGGAAUUCCCUCCGGUUUGUCAAUGGUCACGUGCUCAGAAAAUCGGUCAAGAGACCAAAAUAUUCCGGUGGCGUAAAAUUGCUGAAAUCUUUAACAAGGACUGCAACAGGAACUGGGACAGCUUCUAUGCUAAGUACUCAAAUGACCGCGGGCAUCUUCUGGCUAUUUCAUCGAUCAUUGCAAAGUACGAUGCGGAAAACGCAACUACGGGACCUAUUUUUGACAUCCCCGAAGCUCGAAGCCGAUUAAGUGCAACAGCUGAAGACCAAGAUGAAACUGCAACAGGAGAAUUGUCACCCAGUGCUGCCCCAUCGAAUGGCGCAGCUGGUGUUAAGAUUGAAUCUUCGAGCUCUGGUGAAGGUAGCAGUCAUAUUUUACCCCGCAAAGUCACUGCCAAGGAUAUCAUCAAGCUGUGGGAGACUGGUUACGGUGACCUACCGCCCCUUCAUAAGUGGACGCCCGCACAGAAGGCAGGACAGCGCAGCAAGUUUUCGCGGUGGACUAAAAUAUAUGACAUUUACAAAUAUCACUGCAAAGGAGACCUGAGUUUGUUUGAAUCAAAAUUUUCGGACGAGCGCGGUGAGCUUUAUCCUGUCACUACGAUUGUUGCCAUGUUUGAUGCUUGGGAGUCACCGUCAAGCCUAUCCAGUUCUUUCGCCGGUGCGCCUCCUGGUCAGAAAACUGGAGAAGGGACUGAGAGUGAGAUUUAUCAACUCCCACGCAAGGUCACUGCGAAGGAUGUAGUACAGCUAUGGGAGGAAGGCUGCGAACUUUUCCCACCGGUUAGCAAAUGGCCGAAAAUCCACAAAGUAGGACAUGAAACAAAACUCUUUCGCUGGAAGAAAAUCGUUGACAUCUUCCGAAAGGAUUGCGGCGGGAGUUGGGAAAAGUUUGAAGAGAGAUUUUGCAACGCGAAAGGUGAAUUGCUGCCUAUUUCCGCCAUAUUGUCCAAAUACGAUUUAGAAAACGAGCCUCCAUCAUAUUUGCCAAAAAAUUAUGUUUCUGCUCUAAAUAGUUCUGGAAUAACGCCAAAGGACGAAGCUGACGAACCCAAUGUCGAGUCACAAGACCAAGAGCACGAUAAAGUAAUAGGUAGUGACUCAGAAAUUCUAGAAGAUGAUGGAUCUUCUCCGAAAAAGGGUUCGGAUUUUAUCCUACCGAAGAAGGUGAAUGCGCUGGACGUAAUUUAUCUUUGGGAGAACGGCCUGGGAGAUAUGCCACCGCUGUGCCAGUGGUCCCCAGCUCAGAAGGCCAGCCAAAGGAGCAAGAUCUCGCGCUGGAAUAAGAUUGUGGAUAUUUUCAAAUACGAAUGCGGCAGUGACAUUAGGAAAUUUGAGGAAAAGUACCGAGAUGAGAAGGGAGAACUGCUCCCGAUUACUAAUAUUUUUAACCUCCACGACGCACAGGACAAAUCAAUGUGAGUUGGGGAACAAAAACUAUGCGCCUUGUGUUGCAUUAGCUUCCCUCAAGUGCAACCGGUUUUCAGCGAAUUGAUCGUCAAAACUAAUCCCGGGUUAUCUUGCAUUUGUUUUAUUUAGUCCUCUGAUUGGUCUAAAUAACCCAUCCUCUCAACCAAUUACGUGAGAUUACGUUGAUCUCUCAUUGAUUUCACUUUCGCUUGUGUCCAGUGUCUUCUGUGAUCGUACAGGCGAUUUUUGAUGAAACUCAAUCGAGAAGCGCCCUAUCCGGUAUGAAAGUUUGCCCGUUCAUAAUUAGUUGAUAGAUUAAUUGUCGAGUGCUUUGAAUGUUUGUGAUAUUUAUAAAUGACCAUGAUCAGAAGCAAUCAAAACAGGAAUACGUAAUCUCUUGGGAUAGGUCGCGAAAAGAGUAACAGUAAGGCAACUUGCCUGUAGAGUUACCUCUCUUCAUACUGCAAAUGAUUAACUUAGAAACACUGUAAAAAAAAAAAAAAACUCACAAAUCCUUUUUUUGAAGCUGCAACCCACCGAAUUUUUCGUUAAUGAUGCACCACCAUCGUGCUGUAGUUAGCCAUUACUCCAGUGGGGUAAUGGUUGCAGUUCUACUUCCUUAUCAGUAUUUGUUGCUUAUGCUCAGCAACAUAUUACAUUGUUCAAUUAACUUAACCCUUUGACUCCCACAAUUGAUUAACAAGUAACUUCUUGCUCUGAUAUCUACGCAUUACCCAGCAAUCAAAUGAUGAAAAUACUCAAACUUAACAGGUAGAAGUUGUUAUCCAGUUCUCACGCCAAAUUCUCGUAUCUCAUUUAGAGGGAAAUGUUUACCAGCUAAAGGAGAGAAUUAAUAAUCAGAUUUCGGAGGUUAAAGGGUGAAGUUAACAGGGCUUAUCCUGUGGCCUGUAUACUACAGAAGUUUGUCUGUUAAAGGAUAUUGUUAUACAUUUUCUUACCCCGUACUUACAGACAAUAGAUUUUAUUUCUGUAAAAGUGACGUCAUACCUACAGACAAUAGUUGUAUGCGCUCUUGUCUUUAUGAGUGCAGCUCAGGAAUAUGCGAAAACCGAAUCGAAUAAUUUUUAUUCAUUUACGCUGCGCAAUUCAACAGGAAAGCUCGUUUUAAACACCGCGCCGAUCUUCUGCCAACCAAAUGUAGUUGGUUUUUGUUACUUAUAGUUAGCCAAGAAACAAAAGAGGGAAAUAUGGCUCUCUCGAUAUUUCAGUUUGAAACUGGAGGCGUGAGAAGUUCGCUGUAUAACUUAACUUUUGGACGCUUUAGUUUUUAACUGCUAAAUCAAACUGAUCUAUAGGUCCCUUUGAUGUCGUUUCUAUUCCACCAGACAGGUUCGGUGCAUAAGUGGCGUGGCGUUUGAAGUGUGCCUAUUAAACAUUGCACGGCGCCGUUUGAACCGUGUUUAUUAAGCGUCGUGCGAGGACUUGCCAAGUUGACUAAUGUAACGUGAUGUGUUUUUAGAAGGAAAAUGUGGUCGUUCUUAUCCUUAUAUAUACUUUGAACUUCUCUCUUUUUUUU